AUGACUGAUGGCACUGGUCUAGGAGCUUCCAUCGGUUGACUAUCGUACGGCCACAGGCAUCCGAAGUACGAGGAAAUGAUUUGCUAGUUUGUCGGUUUGUUCACCAGAAAGUUUCCGGGCGUAAGACACACGAGGUCAUACAGAUUGGUUGAUAUCGAAGUUAGCGGUCGAAAAUUGAAUACCAUUUAUAUGUGGCACAACACCUUCGCGAAUUUCUUGUAGGUGAAGGUGUGUGCACCCACGAUCUCACGAUCUGGACCGACAAACGCUUUGUGGAACGUACUACUGCUUCCCAAAAUCCGCCGAAAUACGUAGCGCUGGGCGGGUUUAAACACCCCGUACAUGAUAACGUGGGCCUGCGUCGUGGUGCUAUUCACCAGUUGACGGAACCAUCGGUUGGCGUCGAUGAAGUCGGUGCCGCAGUCCAAGUAGCUGUCAAUAACUUCAAAUGCCUAACCGUAUUGACGCUUAGCCACACAAACACGGUGACAGUUACGUACAUCCGCGCUUUUCGUGACCGAUGUUCUCACAUCAAGAUAGACCCGGCGUAGACGAUCCCUACGCGUGCGACCGGGUGGCAUUAGAACUCCAAGCCUUCAGGUGGAUCGGCCACGACUGGGAGUGGAUUGGAUGCACCUCCGCACGUAGCACGUAGCGGGUGUAAUGGGUGGUCACUGAAUAAA